AUGAUAUUACUGUCAAGGGGCUUACUACUAAUUGCAAUUGCGUUUGCGCCAUGCCAACAAAUGCGGCUACAUGUCAUAAAGAUAACUGGAGUACUUCUGAAGGAUGGUAAUCCGUUACCAUUAAGUAGUAAACAAGAACUGGAAGACCAUUCAGUAGUUGGACAGUUUGAAGAUGUUUGCAUCAAGAGACAGCCAUCGGUGAUGGGUACGCAAUACGAGAAAUUGGUGAAUACUGAGAAAAUAGCGGGAUACAAGAACUUUACUUGUGUUGUAACCGGUCCACGCAGUUCAUAUGUGAAAGGAGUCUUUUUCAUGCACUUCGAGUCGGAUGAAACUGAUGCCAUCACAAUAACCAAAGAGGCGUUGGAAAAGAGAAGCAUAACGGGAAAUGGUUACGACAUCACUGCUUUGUUAAUCGCAGUCCUCAAUUUUACAUUCUAA